AGCGCGCUUUUACCGCAGUAUCUCUGGAUUAGUGCGCGCGCUGCAGCACUCCGCUCGGUUCUCAAACGGGAAGAACGAGAACAUCCGACCCACCGGGCAGUGAAGACGCGUCGGCUCGCAUCCACCAGCACGAGCCGUUUCACUGCGCUUAUUUAACGCGGUUAUAAAAGCGGCGCGCACCGGAGACAUGGCCAAAGACGACGAGAAGAAGGAAACCGGGGAAUGGAAGGAAUUCUUCUGGAACCCGCGGACGCACGAGCUGCUCGGUAGAACGGCGAGCAGCUGGGGUCUGAUCCUGUUGUUCUAUCUGAUCUUCUACACAUUUCUGGCUGGCAUGUUCUGUCUCACCAUGUAUGUGAUGCUACUGACGCUAGAUGAUUACAAGCCCACUUGGCAGGACCGUCUGGCUACACCAGGUAUGAUGAUUCGGCCGAAAGGUGAUCUUCUAGAAAUCGUGUAUAAUAUGAAGAACACGGAGAGCUGGGACACAUAUGUUCAGGCUCUGGAUAACUUCCUUGCACCUUAUAACGACUCUCAGCAGGUGAUGAAGAACGACGCCUGCGUCCCCGAUGACUACUUCAUCCAGGAGGACAGCGGAGAGGUGCGGAACAACCCCAAACGCUCCUGCCAGUUCAACCGCACCAUGCUGGAAGAAUGUUCCGGACUCAGGGACCACACGUACGGAUACCAGGACGGAAAACCCUGCGUGCUCAUCAAACUCAACCGGGUGAUUGGGCUGAGGCCAGGUGAGAAGGGAAGGUCUCCGUACGUCACCUGUCGAGCAAGGAGGUUUAAAGAUGGAGAGGAGUGGAAGGAAGAUUCAGACAAAAUCGGUCCAAUCACAUACUUCCCUCCAAACGGAUCCUUCAACCUCAUGUACUAUCCCUACUACGGCAAGAGAGCACAGGUGAAUUAUUCUCAGCCCCUGGUGGCUGUGAAGUUCAUGAACAUCACUCUCAACACGGACGUCAAUGUGGAGUGUACGAUCAACUCCAACUCUAACAACACUCAGUUCAAGAUCAGCGAAAGAGACAAGUUCGCCGGCCGCGUGAUCUUCAAGCUGCGCAUCGACACAGAGUAGAGCAGCUGCAUCUGCCACACACACACACACACACACACACACACACACACACACACACACACACACACACACACACACACACACACACAGGAUAUUCAUAUCUCAAAGUGUUCAAUGUAUUCGUCUGUCUCCAUUCUCCUGUCUUCAUGACGGUCUCUGUGUGCAUGUGUGUGUGUGUGUGUGUGUGUGUUUUGAGUACUCUUGACUGUCGUCAUAUCCAGCUGAUAUCGUUCCAAAGUGAAAUCAAGAGAGCAGGAAAAUAUCGUCUCUACAAACAAUCCAGUGAAUCAUCACAAUCACCCAAAACCUGCCAAGAAAUAAUAUUUCACAUGAAGAAAACAUGCUUAACUUCUGUCGCAAGUGUAGGAAAAUAACAUCAUGUUGCGAAAAAUAUAAAAUAGGCUUCAUUUUCUGUAUGCAAAAUAUAAUUUCUUACCUCAUUCUCCUGAUGUUGAGCUAUAAUGCGACCUGGAUUCACUCGUUUAGUCUAUAUAAUACAUUUACAUGACUGAGUGUAUAAUACAUUUACAUGACGAAUUAGGUCAAAUUUGGUUUAGGGAAUCUGUAUAUGAUGAAUUAACAAAACAGGGGCAUAAAAUCAUUACAGACUUGAAUUAUCUGUCACAUAUCGCUCUCUUAACCUGAUAUCUGUUUUAUCCAUUCGUUCAUUUAUUUAUUUCUGAAUUAAGGUACAUUUAUAAUGUUAUUUAUUUAUUUAUUUUCUGAUUUGUGUUUUUUAUUUUGUAUAUAUAUAUAUGAUGUUUGUGAAGACACUUUUGUAACAUUGUAACGUUCACGAACCCCCCCCACACACAAAAUUAGCUGACGUUCUGCACAUGCUCAGAUCGCACUCGAUGACUGACACAUUAGCCAAUCAGCUUCAAGCUGCGCCAUAUCAGUUUGACAUUUAUUUGCAGUUAAUUUGCAUAAUUACUAAAUUUCAUCCAGAUCGUUAUGACCGAUCUUUCUAAAUGUGCACACAGCAAUACCUUCUGGACUUGUAAAUAAUAAAAAAUCGGAGGUAUUCAACGAAAAGAGUAGAAAGUGAAGAAAACAUGUAGAUUAAAAUUUGCCAAUACAAUACGUAUCAAUGUAGAUGAAUGAACAAAUGUGUUUUCUUCCCAAAAAAGUUUAGGUUUUUUUUCAUUCGUUGUUGAGCACAUCAUGGGUUAGCGCACGUUAGCACAGCGGAAAUAUGACGCAAACAUUAGCUGCAUAUAUAUAUAUAUAUAUAUAUAUAUAUAUUUUUUACAUUUUUAGUUCGUUUAUUCCUAGCUGUGGUAGAAUCUUAGAUUUUUAUCAAGUGAUUUGACAUUUGGGUGUUCAAGUCGAACGGACAAUUCAGACUCCUGAUUUGUGAGCGAGACUUUAGCGUAGUGCAUAUUAGCGAACCACUAGCCUGCCAGUGUUUUGUUUUCUUACGUGUUUCACACAAUCCUACUUUUCGGCCCCACUUGUGAAUGUGCUGCUCUACUGGGUUACUGCCAGAGUGUUGUGCGUUUGAAACAUUGGAGGGUGUGUGUUAGAAAAGUGUGGGAAAAAAGAGCCAAAAUGUGGCCAAACUUUCAAAUUAACGUCACUAGUCCAUCCUUACUGCCUGAUGUUGGGAUGUGUUCAAUGUUUACACAGAGCAGUGACUAAUAACAAGAUUAGCCACGUGCUAAACUUACGCUGCCUGCCAUACGUUUACUAAGAUCUACUUCACGUGUGCUGCCUGACUGCUCUACAUCAUGGGAUGGAUUUUAUAUGUUUUUAAGAUACGGUAAAUCGAAUUAUUGCACAUUCUUUCCGACUUCUGAACUUCAGAUGCAGCAGCGAUGCGUAUUAGCAUGUCGCUGCACAGAAUGUUCGUACACCGCGAGUGUAGAUCACGCACAUCAUUCAUACGGUUUAUUCAUUUCCAUUAGAUGGAAAUUCGGGGACAUCGUCACCAUUUGAACAGCGAAUGAAAUCACGGUCGUGGUCGCAGUUACCGUUACUUUGCGUGAAUUUCUGUGCGAUCGAGUGAAAACGUUCCCAUGCUGACCAACGAAAAGCUACGGACUCCUAUUUCCACCACCUAAGAAAAAAAGGUUUAAGUGAUUUUAAAAGUCAGAAUUGGGAGAUGAAAUGAUAACGAUACUUUGACCUUAAAUGUCAUUAUUGUUGCAAUCAUGACUUUAAAAAUUUUAAUUACGAAGGAAAAAAGUCAAAAGUCAUAAUUAUGAGACAAAAAAAAAACAAAAUCGAAAUUAUGAGAUAAAAAUCCAGUAUUGACAUACUAAAUUGAAAUUAUGAGAUUAGAAAAUAUAUAAAUAAAUACAAUAAAUUUGAACUUUAUUAAGUGGAUUUAGUAUCAAUUUAAUAAACUUUUAAGUCAAUUUAGUGUCAUAAUUUUUUUUAUCUCAUAUUUUUUUUAAUUUUAACAUUUAAAGUAAUAUUUUCUGUAUUUGUAAUCAUAAUUAUGACUUAGAAUGUAAUAAUUUCGACUUUUUAUCUUAUAUUUGAUUUAUUGUGUGUUUCACCUUUAAAGUCAUAAUUUCAACUUUUUGUCUCAUAAAUGUGACUUAGCAUACACAUUUUAAGAUUUAAAGCCAAAAUUUUGACUUUUCAUCUCAUAACUAGGAAUUAUGUCAUUAUUAUGACUAUGUCAUAAUUUAAAUUCAUAAAGUCAUAAAUGUAAGAUUUCUAUCUCAUAAUCGUGACUCAGUAUGUCAUAAUUCUGACUCUUAUCUCAUAACUGAAUUAGUAUGUCAGUUUUGACUUUUAAAGUCAUAGCUGACUUUAUGUCGUAAUAUUGACUUUUUAUCUCAUAACUAUGACUGAUUAAAGCAUAAUUAGUUUUCUAAUGUGGAAGAAAUGGCUUCCAUAGAGAGCUGAUUGCUUUGAUAGUGACUUUGGGGUUUUUUGCUUGCGAAAUUUCACAAAUAUGACAGCACCUUUACAGCUUCAACAAUAUCAGCGAUGACACACAUGCUUACGCAAACAGUGACAAUGACAAACACACCUGCGCUACCCUCAUUUGAGAUCUUUCCACACACACACACACACACACACACACACACACACACACACACACACACACACACACACACUCACACUCACGGAUGGCACCGUUGAGCUCUUCGUCCCCGUCUGUGUUCCUCUCCAAACCAAGAACGCCACACACUCUUCACUUUGAGUUCUCUUCGGAUGACUUCUAUAGCUCACACUCAUCCAUCUGUCCUUCAUAGUGAGACGCUGUCUUAUUCUUUCUUCACUCUCUGUAAAAACACUGCUCAGAAACUAGAUGUAUCUUAUUAAAUAUCCUGAAUAUACUGUUAUAUAUUGCCUGACAUGAAAAUUGUGAAACUUAUAUUCAAAAAACAAAUGAUUAUCAUUAUAAAUGAAAAAGUGGAAACAGGAAAUAAAAACAUUUUGUGUUUAACAAA